GUCCUGGCUCCGCCCCUUCCGCGUUUGGCUUUGCCUGCUCCUCCCAUCACCACUUCACUCAGAGGCGGCCACUGGCCCAAGACGAAAAAAGAAGCCAGUCUCUGCUGCACCAUCGCGUUCUCCAGCCUCGGGUCUCGGGCCAUGUAGCAGCUGAGAAGGAGAGGUCUAACGUUACACCACCGGUCUGUUCCGCCCUCAGUUUCGGGAUCCAUCCCGAACGCUUUCAGAUAGGAUCCUCAGUGAGACGGCACUCGAUUGAAUCGGUCUGUCUCUACCGCCCAAGGAGGCGGGUUCGCUGCGGCUGCUUCAAGGCCGAAGCGAGAAGACCUUACUGCGCACGCGCAGUAGACAGCCGAUGGAGCCACCGAUGGAGCUGUCCGGAGGGGAGCAAGAGCCAGGAGCCGUCAGGCUCCUGGACCUGCCCUGGGAAGACGUGCUGCUCCCACACAUCCUGAGCCGGGUGCCGCUGCGCCAGCUGCUCCGGCUGCAGCGCGUCAGCCGGGCUUUCCGGGCGCUAGUGCAGCUGCACUUGGCGGGGCUGCGCCGAUUCGACGCCGCUCAGGUGGGUCCGCAGAUCUCGCGGGCUGCAUUGGCCUGGCUGCUGCGGGACGCCGAGGGGCUGCAGGAGCUGGCGCUGGCGCCGUGUCACGAAUGGCUGUCGGACGAGGAUCUGGUGCCGGUGCUGGCGCGGAAUCCGCAGCUGCGGACUGUGUCGCUGGCGGGCUGCGGGCAGCUGAGCCGCCGCGCGCUGGGGGCGCUGGCCGAGGGCUGCCCUCGCCUGCAGCGCCUGUCGCUCGCACACUGUGAGUGGGUAGACGGGCUGGCGCUGCGCGGCCUCGCCGACCGCUGUCCGGCCCUUGGGGAGCUGGACCUCACCGCCUGCCGUCAGCUCAAGGAUGAGGCCAUCGUGUACCUGGUGCAGAGGCGCGGCGCGGGCCUCCGCAGCCUCUCGCUGGCAGUCAACGCCAAUGUGGGGGACGCCGCCGUCCAGGAGUUGGCUCGGAACUGCCCGGAACUCGAGCACCUCGACCUAACCGGCUGCCUCCGCGUUGGAAGCGACGGCGUCAGGACACUGGCCGAGUACUGCCCGGCGCUGCGGUCGCUGCGGGUGCGGCACUGCCACCAUGUGGCCGAGCCCAGCCUGAGCCGCUUGCGGAAGCGCGGCGUGGACAUCGACGUGGAGCCGCCGCUGCAUCAGGCCUUGGUGCUGCUGCAGGACAUGGCGGGCUUUGCACCCUUUGUCAACCUGCAGGUCUGACCCGCCCGCCAGUGGGGCACAGCUGGACUGUGUGGCGGUGCCUGGCUAUGAACUGUAGGGAAACUGGACUGUGGGGGCCUCUGGUGAGAGGGCAAUGCCCUGCCCCACCCUGAGCUUCAAAUAAAGAGCUUUUUACCUCUUCUUGCCUGGCGC